AUGAGCGGCUGGCUGAACGCGAUCAAGACGGACGCCCCCGAGGCUCCCGUCGAGCCCAACGCGCCCUCCGCGCCGACGGCCUCGUCCUCGGUCACCAAAGUCGUCGUCGACACCAACGCCAUCGUGAAGGGAUUCCGACUCGAGCGCUUCGCCGACGAGGCGGUGACCAUCCCGGAGGUGCUCGCCGAGGUUCGCGACAGGCAGGCGCGUCACACGCUGACGACCCUCCCCUUCGAGCUGAAGGUCCAGGACCCCGACGCCGAUUCCAUCGCGGCGGUGCGGCGCUUCGCGAAGCUCACCGGCGACAUUGGCGCGCUCUCCGAACCCGACGUGCGAUGCAUCGCGCUCGCGUACAUGCUAGAGCGGGACGCGCACGGCACCGCGCACCUGCGCACGUCCCCAACGCCCGUCGUCCUGUCCAAGCACAAGCACAACAAGGCGUCGAAGAUGGCGGGUUGGGACUUCGUGCCGAACCAGGACGACUGGGCGGAGCUGGACGAGAUGAACGCCGAGGCGGAGGCGGCGGCCGAGGCGGUGGCUAAAAGGAUGGCCGCCGCGACGGUGGCGGAUGACACGUCCGGCACUCCCUCGCCGAAGCUCCCAAAGAGCGCGAGGAUCGCCGCGGAGGUGGCCGCGGAGGUGGCCGCGGAGAGGGGCGCGGGUUCGAUUCGCGGCGAGUCCGACGCGCCGGCCCACGCACCCGGAGGCGAUGAGUCACCGGCCGGUGAGUCACCGGGCGCCGCCGACGACGACGGGUGGGAGCGCAACGUCUCGAGGACGACCCGCGUUAAGCACGCCAAGCGCGAGCAACGACGAAGAGAGGCGGAGGAGGAGGCGAGACGUUUGGCGGAGGAGGAGGCGAGGAUGGAGGCGGAAAACGCGGAGAGACGGAGGGAGUUGGACGCCGCGGCGGAGGAGUCGGCGGCGUUUUUUAAGUCUGCGCCGGGAGCGGUGCCGGAGGGGGCGGAGGAGGAUGACGAGGAGGACGACGAGGGGGAGGGAGACGGGGAGGGGGAAGAAGGAGACGGCUCGGACGACGACAUCGUGCCGUUCGAGACGACGAUCUCCAGCGUCACCGCGGACUACGCCAUGCAGAACGUCAUCCUCCAGAUGAACAUGAAGCUUCUCACGCCGGAUGGAAUGAGAAUCACCAACCUUCGACGAUGGGUGCUCCGGUGCCACGCGUGCCAGGAGGUGACGCGGAACACCGAGCGCGUCUUCUGCCCCAAGUGUGGCAACGCGUCCCUGACCAAGGUGGAGCACACCGUCACCGCGGACGGCGUGGAGCAGUUUGGCGUGAGGCGCAAACACGUGCUCAAGGGAACGCGAUUCACGCUGCCGAUGCCCAAGGGCGGCCGCCGCGAGAAGGCUCCCAUCCUUCGCGAGGAUCAGCUCAUCGGGAUGCGCGCUCGCCGGAACAAAGACACCGACGUGGACGUGUUCGCCGCCGAGUAUAACGAGGAAUCCUUCGCGGGCGGGCGCGCGGUGAACGCGGGGGCGGCGCAUCUCUACGCGCAAAAGGAGCUGCUGGAGAAUGCGAGCGGCGGCAACCUGAAGAAGAACCCAAACGAGAGGCGGUUCGUGCGCACCAACCGCCGACGAAAGUGA